GGAGGAAUGAACUCCCCGCCGCCGAGUGCCGAGCGGUGGCAUAAUUUCGCGGCGAGGUGGGGAAAUUUCAGAUUUAUUUUAUAGUACCAUUACUACUACUAUACAUCAAACUUGCUGCAUGUGCUGUUGUUCGGCAAUAUAAUCUGCGAGUGUCAGUGUGGUUAUUCGUAUUGCUCUCUCUUUCUCACUGUCUUUGUGUGUGAGGCCGAGAGAAGGGGGCUUAUGCCGCAAGAAAUCGCCGAGCACGUGCCAAUGCUGCUGCUAUCUUUUUUAUACAAUCGACGCACUAUCUUUACAAUAUGAGCAAGCGAGUCAAACUUGAUUCUCUCCUCAAAGCAGCGGCUUUUCAACCUGCGACCAAGAGAAAAUUACCUGGCAGGAAAAAGGCCGCUGAAACUGCAGAAGCUGUUGAACAAACUGAUAACAAGGAUAAAGGAAAUAAUGAAAAAGUCGAGGUCAAGAAUAAGACCGUUGCUAAAACGAAUAAAAGAAAGAGUCCCGUGAAGAAGGACAUCUCUGUUAAAGUAGAAGAUUUCAGUGACAGUGCUGAAUGCGCUGCUACAACCACGAAGACAAUACAACCGGAAAAAAUUAAGUCUACGAGAGGGAAAAGAAAAUCGACUGAGGAUCAAGAUGCCAAAGAGAAUAACGGUUCCGAGCAAUGGUUUCCAAAAAAUUGGGAGCAAACUUUGUUCAAUAUCAGAAAAAUGCGUGAAAGUCAAACAGCUCCAGUAGAUGAAAUGGGUUGUCAUAAAUGUGCUGAUGAUGAAGCCAGUGGACCAGUAUUUAGAUAUCUAUCCCUGGUAUCUCUAAUGCUCAGCAGUCAAACAAAAGAUCAAGUUACUCAUGCGGCUGUACAGCGCUUAAGAGAAGCCAAGAAAUGUACACCAGAAAGUAUUAUUAGUGUACCGGAUGCGGAGCUGGAAAAACUAAUAUAUCCUGUUGGUUUUUAUAAGCGUAAAACGCAAUACCUAAAAAGUGUUGCUAAAAUUCUGAUUGAACAGUACAAUAGUGAUAUUCCAAAAACAAUCAAAGAUCUAUGUAAAUUACCAGGUGUAGGUCCAAAAAUGGCUCAUAUUUGCAUGCAAGUGGCCUGGAACGAAACAACUGGUAUUGGUGUUGAUACCCAUGUUCAUCGUAUCAGCAAUAGACUUGGUUGGGUCCAGAAGCCAACGAAAACUCCAGAAGAUACAAGAAUGGCUUUAGAAAAAUGGUUACCUAAGGAUUUGUGGGCCGAAGUGAAUCAUUUGCUUGUUGGUUUUGGGCAAGAAAUAUGUCAGCCAGUUAGGCCUAAGUGUUCUGAAUGUAUUAACAAAAGUAUUUGUCCUUAUACUGGAAAGAAAUAUGAGUUCUAAGUGUUUGUUUAUUUCAUUAUUUUUUUUGUUUUGUAAUUGUGUCACAAUGAUUGUUUUUGAAUAAGUAAAUUUAUAGUUUUGUACUUUUUCAUAAAAA